AGGUGUGGUCUGUCUGAGGUGUCUGCGGUAGCUGGGGCUCCAAGGAAGACUGCUGGAGCGUGCAGCGGCGGCGGCGGGCAUCUGUUGAAGCUGACAAUUUAUCGCCAGACACAAUGUCCACCCAGCACCUUAAGACGGCAACGGCCGGGGAUUUGUUUAACACCUCUGAAAACACUUCCCUAGCGAUUCCCUCAGAAAGGCAAGGAAAGUCCGAUACUACCCGGCAGCAGCGCGUCUUGGAGCAAGUCAACACGAUCAAAAGGAAAAAGUCAAAGUAUGGGACCAUCGCACAGAACACCAUCAGAAAUCUGGAGGGUUCAGCUGACAUGAAUGGUUAUGGCCAUAGAUCUUUCUACUUGGCAGGAGGAGGUACACUAUCCGGAUAUAAUUCCAGUAUGUACAGGGUGCCAACAACUCGACGGCAGCAAACGUUUAGGUCUGGCACAAGACGGAUUAACAGUACUUCUUCACAGAGAAGGAUCUACAGCUCCAAUAGCCAAAAAGAUAUACUUUCACAGCCAAUCAGUCAGGUUAACAGCUAUCGUGACCCUGUCCAAAUGCCUGCCAGCCGCAGUGAGCCUGACUUGCCACAACUGAAUUACAGUCGCACUCUGCGUGGAGCUCCAAGCCAGCGCAUUAACGCCAACCGGCGCAGCCUGUAUAGUGAUACCAUCCGGGAUGAUAUGAUAGUAAGCUCCCAGAGGAUGCCCGUACAAAAUUCCAGAGCUGUAUCUUCAAGUUCCAACAUAGAGGAUAUUGCACAAAACAGAUUUAUGAAUACUGUCAACAGAUGUAUCAUCGAGCAAGCAGUGGUUGAUAGUGCAGGACCAACAAAUGCUAAUAUAAGCUUUGAAGAGGCAGUGCAAUUCCUGGACAACAAUAAUGAGGACAUGCAGCUUUGUGGAGCCAGUUUCAUUCAACAUGCCUGCUAUAAAGAUGAAACAGCUAAAGAUGAGCUUUAUAGGUUGGGGGGCAUCCAAAAACUCAUUUCCCUGAUUAAGAGUCGUAAUCCCAAGGUUCAGCAGGCAGUUGCUGGAGCUCUACGCAAUGCUGCCUUUAAACAUGAUUUGAAUAAGAGGGAAAUAUUUAACAGCUAUGGAAUCGAUGAAGCACUGAGAGUUCUCAAUAAUAAAGAGUCCACUGAGACUCAAAAACAACUGACUGGCCUCUUGUGGAACUUGUCCUCGCGUGAUGACCUGAAAUCUCGCAUGAUCAAUGUUGUUCUGCCUUCUCUUACCGAGAAUGUUGUGCUGCCCUUUGUUGGCUGUCCAGAGAAACAUAUUCCAGCAAACAACAAAAUGGACCCUGAGAUUUUCUUCAAUGCCACUGGAUGCCUCAGAAAUUUAAGCUGCUCUUCUGAAAAGGAACGCAAUGCCAUGAGGGAAUGUCGGGGAUUGAUUGACUCUCUGAUGAGCUACCUACAGGCUUGUGUGGAUGCCAACAGAGCAGAUGAUAAAUCCGUGGAGAACUGUGCUUGCAUUUUGCACAACCUUUCUUAUCAACUCAACUCAGAGGUGCCAUCCAAGCUUGAAACGAUGGAGUGCUCACGUCCUCGCAAUUCCUCUUCUAGGAAGUCUUCAUCAUCAGUGGGUUGCUUCAGCCCUCGGAGUGGAAAAAUUUCCGAGGAGGAUGUAUUUAACUUCAAUGUACCAGAAGAUAAAAACCCAGAAGGAGUGGAAUGGCUGCGCAACACUAAAGGACUAGAGACAUACAUGUCUUUAAUUAAAAACAGUAGAAAUGAAGCCACAAUUGAGGCCUGCGCUGGAGCUCUACAAAAUAUUACAGCUUGCAAGAGCACAGUGUCAGAUGUAAUGAGUGACUCACUUGUGCAUAAGGUGAAGGGGCUCCCAGAAUUCUCCCGUCUGUUGCGGUCUAGCAAUGCCAACAUUCAGAAGGCUGCUGUGUCUGUGCUUGGAAACAUUUCAAGAACUCCAAGUGUGCAGAAAACAAUUUGUCAACAAGUCCUCCCUGAUCUUUCCAAUAUGAUAAGGGAUACAGGUAACAAUCCAAAAGCCUCAGAUGAUCUUAUGUCAACAGCGUGUAACACUUUUCAUUUACUGGCAAUGGCUGACACUGGAAUUGCCAAGAGGACGCUGGCUGAUGGCCAGUUGCUGACAGUGCUGCAUGACGUUACCUUACGCAGGUCAGAUCCUAAAUCUUUGAAAUCUGCUUCCCUCUUAAUGUAUGAUCUCUGGGGACAGAAGGAGCUUCAGAAUCUGUUUAAAGAGAAAGGACUAAAAAAGGGUUUCUUUGUGAAUGAUGUCGCCACUUCCACUAUAAAAUCUCUGCAGAAAAUGGCCUUGACAAACAUUUAGGUUUGCUCAAGGAGGAAUGGAAGGAGGCCACCAUUUGCAAAGCUUCAACUGAAUGUACUACUUUUCCUGCAUAAGCUUCAGUGCUCCCUUUCUCUUUCAUGCCUUCAACAACAUUCAUUUUCAGUGUAAUGGUGUAAUAUCUACAGUUCUCUGUCAUUUUGGAUAAAUGAUUUUCAUUAGCUAAUACCUUUGGUUGCCACAUCGAGAUGAAUUAUGUUACAAUUUUGACUGAGCUUUCAUGUUCUCCAGGUUUUCCUCUGUGUUGAGAUACUUGUAUGAAUCAUUGCAGGCCUAUAGCACUACUCUUGUUAAAUUACCAGAAGCACGCAUUGAAUUGCACAGCUCUCUGAAGAGUAGCAGCAGAAGAAACCAAGCUUGUCUCCCUCUUCUGAAAGUAUUUACUUAAAGCCUUUAGAUCCUGUUUAUCCUUACUACAUGGAUAAUGUGUCCUGCAAGACCAUACUGUUGUCAUGGAGCACAUGGGGACAAUUUAAGCAUCACCCUUUCCCCAGUCUCCAUUCCUACUGUCAGGAAUUUCAGAACUCUUCUUGAAUCAGCUGACAACAACAGUGUGUCUUUAAUAGGAUCAACAGCUUAUCAGUAUUAAUUCCAGAAUCCUUCAAUAUAGACUUCAGUUCCACUUUGGAUCUCUCCUUUUAAUGCUUUUAUGUUACCUAAAUCAUGCCAUUAACUUUUUUUGAAAUCCUAUUAAGUAUUGCAGUCUUCAUUUGUACCAAAACCUCAUUUUGAUAUGAAUUCAGAAUACUUCCCACCACUGUAAGAGAAGAUUGAAAGACUAGAAAAUGGAUGAAUGGACGGAUGAAUGAAAAUAACUCUCUAAUUUAUCAAAUAUGCACUUAUUUUUUAAAUUUCUUUGAUUUAAGGCUAUCUUAAAAUGAAUGGAUAUGAUUGCAAGAAUUUAAAGAUGGCUUUGUAGGCCUGGAUGCUGAACAGCUUGGCUCCAGUGGAGUCAUUUUAGGAGCCUUUACUUUCUGUCUGCUUGUAUGUAAAUACAUUUUUGAAUGUUCCAUAUAUUAUUCACUCUGCAAUUGUUGAGCAUCACAGGUAUGUACAAUCCUUAAUACAGUGAAGGUCAUAGGGAGAAUAAUACAAUAAACUUGGGCCCCAGUACUUUCUGCAACAACAUUUCAGGCCUUCCUCUCCAAUGUUUCAAACAUUAAUUACUGAUGCUGGAUAAUAAUUAUAAAGUGUUGUAUUCACUCAGCCCCCAUCUUUGUAAAACCCUGACCUAUUUUCAUAAUAUGGAUAUUUGGCACUAAUGUGUCAACUACUGUACAUGUACCUGUUCAAUCCUAUAAGGAACAGAAAAUCAAGCUUUGUUCUGAGAUGUGAACUCAAUUAAGUGUUCCUUCUAAAAAAACAUGGUCAAGGCUUCCACCCCCUAGCACUAACUGGAAGUGCUUUGACAGCAUCUCUAGCACUUUCUAAUGAAUAUAUAGCGGGCUCCUUAUAACCUUUACUGUGCCGUACAUCACAUUGAUCCAAAUGAGAUGUGUCACAGGACCAGUCAUACCAGUCAUGAUUUUCUGUCACAUAGAUUAUGGUGAUGCACAAUGUCUAUGUGAGAGAAUAUGUGUACAGUAGAUUGCAGAGCUAUACAUACAUUCAUACAUUAUUUCAUAUAUAUACUGUAUAUAUAUCCAUCCAUCCAUUAUCCAACCCGCUGUAUCGUAACUACAGGGUCACAGGGGUCUGCUGGAGCCAAUCCCAGCCAACACAGGGCGCAAGGCAGGAAACAAACCCCGGGCAGGGCGCCAGUCCAAUAUAUAUAUAUAUAUAUAUAUAUGUAUAUAUAAUUGGCUUAUUGUAUUGGAAAGUCUAACAAAAUAUGAAGGAGAGUUAAGUAUUUCAUAUGUUAUGAAAUUAUAUACAUUGUACAGGUUGGCCUGGUAGCACCUAAUUUAGCACUGCUGCCUUGCAACUUGUGGAAAUUGGGUUUUAAUCCAGCCCAAUAUAUGUUUAUGUGGACUAUAAAGGUUCUUCCUCUUAGUUAUUGGCUAGAUAUUAACUUGCUUUGUGUGAAUACAAAUGCUUCCAGGGCAGAGCCUAACUGUGUGUGUGUGUGUGUGUAUCCAGUAUCACCAGUAUAGGCCCUGACUCGAUGAGACCUUAUAAUGGAAAAAACCAUUUAAAAAACGUUUUUGGAACCAUAUCCUUUUUUAUUCAUGUUAACUUAGCAGACAUGGCCAAGGUCAUUUUUGUGUCAAUACGUGAGUGUGCUUAGUGACAAAGAAAUAAUAUCAAGCAGCAAGUACUUGCCUCCCUUUGUGCUGAGUAAAUACACAAGGCCAACUGCCCCACUGGCUAGAUGGACUUGGCCCAGGCUUCUUACAAUGUCCACUGUUCCCGGGUAACACCCCUUUCAGCAUGUACCCUUUAAUGGAGCAGCACAUUUAUCCAUCCCUUAUUGAACUCAGUUUACCAUAUGCCAUUUUACAUAACAAACUAGCUACAAGUAGAGAAUUUAUAGAUUUUCUUGGGACAAUACAUUAUUUUUUUCUAGCUUUUUUACCAUGUUAAAUUUAAGAAUACAUGUUUAGAAAGCACUGUACUUUCUUUAUUGUUAUCUUUCUUUUUGCUUAAAAUAUGCUCAUGUAACUGCAUUUGAAAUGUGCCUUGUAAACAAUUCUUAAUAAAGCACUUAAAAUUA